CUUGAAAUAGCCCAGAUUCACAACGAGACCAAGAGGAUCUCUGGAUUCAACACCUCCAAAAUGAGACUGGUGAUCCUGGAGGACUAUGACCUGGCCAGUGAAUGGGCAGCCAAAUACAUCCGCAACAGAAUCAUCCAGUUCAAGCCCAGUGCUGACAGAUACUUCACUUUAGGAUUACCCACAGGAAGCACUCCUUUUGGCUGUUACAAAAAGUUGAUAGAGUUUUACAAGAAUGGGGACCUCUCUUUCAAAUAUGUGAAGACCUUCAACAUGGAUGAGUAUGUGGGCCUGCCCCGGGCCCACCCAGAGAGCUACCACUCCUACAUGUGGAACAACUUCUUCAAGCACAUUGACAUCGAUCCAGCUAAUGCCAGUAUCCUGGACGGCAAUAUCACUGACCUGGAAGCAGAGUGUGAAGCCUUUGAGAAGAAGAUCACAGAGGCUGGGGGAAUCGACUUGUUUGUGGGAGGUAUCGGACCAGACGGCCACAUUGCCUUCAAUGAGCCAGGCUCCAGUCUAGUCUCCAGGACAAGAGUGAAGACUUUAGCAAAGGACACCAUCGUAGCCAACGCCCGUUUCUUUGGCAACGACCUGUCAAAGGUCCCCACCAUGGCCUUGACUGUGGGUGUGGGGACAGUCAUGGAUGCCCGAGAGGUUAUGAUUCUUAUCACUGGAGCCCACAAAGCCUUUGCCCUGUACAAAGCCAUAGAGGAGGGGGUCAACCACAUGUGGACCGUCUCAGCCUUCCAGCAGCACCCACGCACCAUCUUUGUGUGUGACGAGGACGCCACACUGGAGCUCAGAGUCAAAACAGUCAAGUACUUCAAAGGUUUGAUGCAUGUUCACAACCGACUGGUGGACCCAGUACUCAGCAUAAAGGACCAAUAAUGGAGAAUAAAACCAAGUCAGAGAAUUCCAGACUUCAAAAUGGUGGAUGGACCCAGUUGUUGGUAGGCUACAACCAGCAUGACAAUGUGCCAGAGAGAUUGUUUGUCAGCACUUCAGUUGAGGGGCUGUGGUUUAAGGCUGCCAUAACAACUAACCAAGCAUUACAGUGCAUGAGAUUUGCUCCAUUUGUUACAUUGCAUUAGGAUACUAUGAAGGCUAACUGUAAAUGCCCCCUCAGCUGAUAUGUUAAAGAUGCCAUGAAUUCUCAUAUACAACUGUUACCAAUAUAUUAUGAGGUCAGAAUCUUUGCAGUAUUAGUCUCAAACAGAUUUAUUUGCCUUCUCGACUACUUCUUUCUUCCAUCUGCACAAUCUAGAGACAGGAUGGACGAAAGCAAAAUGCUUAGACCAGCUCAGAUGAAAUAAAUCCAGUUUGGGUUGUUGAGACCUGUUUAACAGGGAAACAUACAACACUAUAGUUCCUUUACACUCCAUUCCAUGUCAUUUGUAGCUUUGAACGCUCCAUAGGUUUGUUUACCUGACAGUCAGUUAUACUUUCCAAGUUGCCACCGUAGUGAUUUACACUCAAUAUACUGUCUUUUGUAUCUGAAAUGUCAUUCUUGGCCAUAUUGUAUGCUCUCACAAGAUUGUAUUGGCAAUCAUUUGAUGUCAAGGCAUAAUGUUAACUUUUCAAACAUCUCUAAUCAGUCAUUAAUUUACCUUUUCUUGUUGUUGUGGUUUUGUAGAACAUUUCAUUUCAAUGUGUCCCAACUACUUACAAGAUUACUGAGUCUUUUUUAGAAAUUAAAUGUGCACAUACUGUACUGUAACUCAUAAAAA